AUGUCAGAUGCUCACCCAAAAGCUAUAAUAACUGACCAGUGCAAAGCUAUGAAAAAUGCCAUAAAAAUUGUCUUCCCACAGGUUCGACAUCAUUGGUGCUUAUGGCAUAUAAUAAAGAAAAUUCCAAAGAAACUAAGAGGAUAUUCGCAAUAUGAAUCCAUAAAGGUUGCUUUGCAAAAUGCUGUUUAUGAUUCAUUUACAAAAUAUGAAUUUGAGGAAAACUGGCACGCAAUGGUUGCAAAAUUCAAUCUCAAUGAUAACGAGUGGUUGGGGAUGGGGAUGUUAUACCGUGAGCAACAUAGGUGGAUUCCUGCCUAUGUUAAAGACUAUGACAAUGCCUUGAAAAGUAAGGUUGAGAAGGAGACAAAAGCAGAUUUUAAAUCUCGUAACCAAUUAGUAAUUGAAUCGGGCAGUGCGAGUAGCGUGCCAUGUAUUAGUACUGUACCACAUUCUAGUAAUAUUGUACCACCUUCCCAUACUUUACCGAGAAGCCCGCCUGGUCUGAAUACUACAAAAGCCAGCAUCACUCGCACGGUACUCAGUCCGUUGGUUGCUCGCCGAAGAGGAUGUCCAUGUACGAAACGGAAGGUUAGCAAGGUUGAUGAAAUAGUGAAUCGGUUAAAGGGAAAGAAUAAGAAGACCACUCCCAUACAGGCUCGCAAGGUGCGUAAAGGUGAACCCUAUAAGUUAAACUUCACUUCUACGGGAGGCGUGCAAGACACUAGGUAUGAACUGGUACGUGUUAAAAUAUUUAUGUUGUGCAUUUAUAGUUUAAUGCUUAACGUUAAAAUAUUUAGGUUGUGGAUUUUUAGUUUGUGGAUUUAUAGUUUAAUGCUUGAAAUUAGUAAUCAAAUUGUGUUAAUAUUUGAUGAUAAGGUGCCACAAGAUCAACCUUAUUAUUUUCCAUCUAUGGUUCGCACAGAAAACAGUAUGUAUGUACCGGUGCCACAUGAUCAACCUUACUAUUUUCCUUCCAUGGUUGGCACACAAGACAAUAUGUUUGCUCUGGCCCGGGUUAGCCCAACGCAAAUGACAAACAAUAUUAGAAGCACGUCUCAUAAUCAAGAUUGGUCAACAAUAUAAGCAGUCAAAGUGCGACAGUAGCAUCACAAUUUGUUGACUUGAAUGCACAUGCCGAUCCAAAUGUCCCUUUUUUUUUUUUAAGUUUCGCAAUAGGAAAUGUAUGACAUUUGUAUGUACUUCGGAUAGUUUGGUAUUCAAAGUAAGGUGUUUUGAGUAUAUAACAGUGUUGAUUUGAGCAUUUAACAGUGUUGAUUGGAGCAUUUAACAGUGUUGAUUUCACAACAUUUACAAAAUAUGUUUGAUUUGAGAACAUUUAACAGUGUUGUAUUAAGUAUUUAACAGUGUUGAAAUA